GAGGAGCCACUUUAACGAAGGACUUUGUCACCGGUGGAAUUGCGAGAGGAGUUGCGCAACCGCGGUGCACCUAGAGGGCCGGCCCAGAAGAGGACCCACGACUGACUGCAUCGCAUAGCCGGUCGAGGUCGAGGUCCCGGUGAACUCCUCGGUCGAGGAAGCAUCGCCCCGGAUGCGGAGGGGUCGCAGCCCUGGCACGGGGCCGGGGCCCUCGGCGCCGUCGCCGACCUCGGCGACCUAAGGUCGAGGUCAGGAGCUGGGAGAGAGACGAUGGCCACCUCGGUGGAGGCGGCCACGACGAGUCCGCCCGGGGCCCCGGAGAGCUCGAGCCUGUACUCGUGGUCGAGCGAGGUCCCCUCCGGGAACGGGAGCGAGGUCGAGGUCGCGCCCGGCCUGGAGGGCUCGGAGGACUGGCCAGGGGUUCCCCUGGCCGUGCUGAAGGGGUGCAUCCUGGGGCUGAUCAUCGCGACCGCCAUCUUCGGGAAUCUGCUGGUGAUGGUGUCGGUGAUGCGGCACCGGAAGCUGCGCAUCAUCACCAACUACUUCGUGGUGUCGCUGGCGCUGGCCGACAUGUUGGUGGCGAUGUUCGCGAUGACGUUCAACGCGAGCGUCCAGGUGACCGGGCGUUGGUUGUUCGGUUACUUCAUGUGCGACGUGUGGAACUCGCUGGACGUCUACUUCAGCACGAGCUCGAUCCUGCACCUGAUGUGCAUCUCGGUGGACAGGUACUACGCGAUAGUGAAGCCGCUGAAGUACCGGGGGAACAUGACGAAGAGGGUGGUGGCGUACAUGCUGCUGGCCUGCUGGCUGUCGCCGGCGAUCAUCUCCUUCGUGCCCAUCUUCAACGGGUGGUACACCACGAUGGAGAACAGCGUGCACCGGCACAAGCACCCCGAGCUCUGCGAGUUCAAAGUGAACAAGGGCUACGCGAUCCUGAGCUCCAGCAUCUCCUUCUGGAUCCCGUGCACCAUCAUGACCCUGACGUACUUCGCGAUCUUCAAGGAGGCGAACCGCCAGGAGAAGCAGAUGCACAGCAGGAUGGGGAACGCGAUGCUAUUGAGCCACCGGCCCAGCAAGGACCUGAACAACCUGAACGGGGAGCUGAACAGCGGGGGUGGGUCCUCCAAGACGCUGACCCUGAAUGAGAUCAGCACCGACAACCUGCACACCCCCACCAAGGACAAGAACAUGAUCAAGAUGAAGCGGGAGCACAAGGCCGCCAGGACCCUCGGCAUCAUCAUGGGCACCUUCAUCCUCUGCUGGCUGCCCUUCUUCCUGUGGUACGUCACCACGUCCCUCUGCGGGGAGUCCUGCCCCUGCCCGGACGUGGUGAUCGCCGUCCUCUUCUGGAUCGGCUACACCAACUCCGCCCUCAACCCCCUCAUCUACGCGUACUUCAACCGGGACUUCCGGGAGGCCUUCAAGAACACCCUGCAGUGCGCCUUCUGCUCCCUCUGCAGGCGCGAGCCCUCCGACCUGGAGGCUCUCGACUUCAGGAGGCCCUCGCUCAGGUACGACGACCGCACCAGGAGCAUCUUCUCCGAGACGUUCAAGCACAUCGACCGGCGGAGAUCGAGCGAGUUCGGGAGCAGUCUCUGAGACGAGACCAAGUUUAGGUUUUAAGCCGAACCUCGGAGAGGAGGAGCCGUCCUCCAGGUCCGCCCGCGGACCCCUGGUGUUGCCAAAUUCGAUGUUCCCAGUGUCCGCCCCUCCUGGGGCCCGGCGCGGCCCGGAGGGCCCCGAAAGAUAUCCCAUUGCCAAAGUUAGCGUAAGUAAGCUCCGACCGGCACCUCGCAGGCCCUCGAGAACGAGGUCGCCGACUUCCGCUCGAUCCGCUUCCUGUACAUUUGCCGCGAGCGGGAGCCUCGCGCGCUGCGGAUUUCGAGGCCCGAGGUUCGAUUCCGCUUUUUAUAUUUUUUUUUUUCUUUCCGCGAGCGGGGGCCUCGCGCGCUGCGAAUCUCGACGACUCCCGAGGGCUGAUUUUCGAGAGGAGAGGUUGGUAACGCCGUCCCGGCCUAAGGCUCGAUCGGUUCCGAGAGGAAGAUCGGACACCAACAGCGGGGACGCCACGGAGAAAAAAAAAAAGACUGCACCAAGUUAAGUUAGAGAGGUUAGAGCGACCUAGCUCUCGAGGUAGCUUCCGGGCUGGAGGAGCGUCUUGGAGGAAGAAGUAUCCUGCCGGUCGCUCUUCGGGCUCUUCAGGGGCCUCUUCGGGGGAGGUUCCCCUCUUAUCGGCCCCUGACGUUCCCCGAUGGAGACGAACGCCCUCUCCGCGGAUUUCCCAUUGCCAGGGCACCAAGACCCUUCUUAUCCCCCACUGUCCCCGAGCGCACCGGCAGCGUCCCUACAGGGACGCCUAGGAACCUCCGCGCGCCGGCUGUGCAAUACUCGCAAUUAAGGGCGUCUUUAAUUCGACUUCCGGUUGUGCCAGGCCCUGGGAACCUGGACCGACUAAUCGCGCAAUAAUGUCUUCUCGUUAAAAGACGUCGGCCGGACGGAAAACGACGGAUUACCCUCGCCUUAGCGAGCCUCGAAGUGCCGAGGUGGAGGCGGGCGCGGCGGCCAUCUUGGAUCUUUCGCAGGGAGAACGAAAAUGACGGCCUCCCUCCUCUCUAUCUCGCUUCCACGUCGAGCUCGUUAACCUUCGCGGGAUUUAAUUCUCGCGUGUGCUGGAGCUUGUAAUGCCUUGCGUUUAACGACGCCGCGGCGAGAUUGUUUUCCGACUUUACCCCAUUUUUUCUUUCCCCACGGCGAUAUCUCACGAGGCAAGGGCGGUCCGUCGUCGCGCGUGUCGCUUGUAAAUACUCAUGUACAUAAUAUAGCUAAUCAUCGAGUCGAGACGAGCCGGGAAACGGUCGUGCGUUCGUUAAGUCCUCUCCGGUGGAGAAGUAGCGGCCAUCUUGUAGCGUCCCUGCGUACCAACAAUCAGAUGCAAUAAUUACGAGGGUCUAGCCCUCGGGAUACGAAAUCCCCAAGGAUCCUCGAAAAUUCUCGAUCUCGAGUCGACGUGCGGGAGCGAUUCUCUGGAGGAAGUCUCACCCCCCCCAAAAAGUCCAGAAACCCCAUUCGAUGUCUUGUAAUUCCACCCCCCUUGGUGUAUGAGACCCACCCCCUGUACGUAGCCUGCGACUUCGCCCACUCUUCCCUCCACCCUUUUCGUCUCCCGGAUGAAAGCUCGCGCGAAACGCGAGGGGGUAUGCAAAUGCCCCCGUUAUCGACUCCCCGUAACUCCCCUUUAUCCCCGAUAAGGGUUUAUCUCGCAAUCGGGGAGGACCGUUCCCGAAGGAAGCGGCGUUUGUCGCGAUUCCCUGAUUCCCAGGAUUACCGUCGAUUCGUUUCAGUUUCUCGGAAAAGGGACGCCGGGGUUUUUUUUUUUUUUCUUCCUGCCGGGGACAAGAAAUCCCGCAAGAGAGCCAUCCACCCCCCCACGUUGCACCUAUUUGCAUAAAACUACCCUCUUCCAAACUGUACAUACACCAAUGAUGUGACUUGCCGUUUACCUAGCCGAGGUGUCUUCGUGUACCUGUCUUAUCCGAAGGGUAGUCGGUCAAUUUGCGGUAAUUGUAAUUAUGGCACGGUGCAACCCCCCCGUUUCGCGUGGCACCCCCUCCGCAUAUCCACCAGGUGCAUUGCCGGCUAAAAGGGGCGCCGUGCUCCAAGGGACUAAUCUCAACGUUCGUUUCUGCAUUUUCAGAUGAUCAAUGUCGACUUUGAACCGGAUGUCGAUUUAAACCCUCCCAGGAAAGCAAUAAAGCGAUCGAGCUGCAUCGAUUCGCCUUCCCCGAGCGAGUUGUCGCGAUUUCCAGGCGCAUCGCCACCCAGGACCAGGCGGUGCACGCUGCACAUUCGCGAUAAGGGAUGAUAUAAGGGCGGCGUUGAGGAACGGGCGAUUUAUCAGACGCUGGCCUAGGUCAGGGAUCGGAUGUUACGGCGAUCGAGAUUUCGAGAGGUCUUUCGAUGCCAUGUCGGAGUUUUCUUGUAUAUACGCUGGUGAUAAUGAGAUCCGCGAGCUGGGGUGAAAAUUUAGAGGCGGGACCCUGACCUGGCCCAGCGACUCCUGGAUGCUGUGAUCGAGGCACGGAGAGGAACCCACCGUCUCUCAGCGGUUCUUGGGCUCUUCUCCGUCCUGGGGAUGGAUGUGAUUCUCUAGUCAUCACCUCGCCACUCGCAGGUGCUAAAUACUCUGGCAAGCUCGAUGUUCCACGUGUCAUGACGUACGUGUACUUCCGGAGCGAAAUGCUGGAUAAGCUUUCGGCCUGGAUGCUGCGCGUCCCUUGGGAUGGCCGCCCGGAUCGGGAACCGAGGGGACGAAACUCGAGCCAUGAAGAGAACUCCGAAGAGGAACUUGAAGAGGACCUCGAUGACUGACCAGCUUUCGCGAUCUGCCGACCGAAACCGUGGGCUUUCUCUCGCGGAUCCCGUAAAUGCUCCUGUUAAACGCUUUACGAGCUUUUUAUUACGUGCCGGUUAUUACGUGCCGCGCGUGCCGGGUAACGCGCAAUCUCCGCCACGGCGACACGCGGAACUUACGCGCGGCGGAUUUUCCUGCAGGUGGGAGGGAGCUUAUUGCUCUUGGGAACGUUCUGUCUUUCCUGGGUAAGCUCUCUUCGGGGUGAAAAAAUUAACUUCCUCUCCGGGUAUUAAGAAUUGAAAAUUGAAAAUUUUUAAUUGAUAAUUCAAAAUUCAGAAUUGAUAAUUCGACGACUAGGCCAUUUGCGAGAGAACACGGACGACGUUUUCGGGUCGCGGGGAAUUUCGCGAGUUUUCCUUCUCACGAUCCGAAUUUCCUUUUCUCGGCUCUCCCUCUUCCCCCUGCGGAAUUUUUCCGUCGCGUUUUCGAGGCGGUCCAGGGUCGCGGAAUCUCGUCCCCGAGGAGACUGGAAACGUCGCUGGCGACGUGUAUUUUUGUAUUUGAUUUAGCGAUUUUCCACGGGGAAGGUUCACUAUAGUGACGAGCAAAGUCGGUCCUGCACCGAGAGAAAGCAACUCAUCGAACCGAAGGAAAAUUUCUUGAAGUAGUACCAAAGAGAUAUAUUAAUUCAAAGAAUAAUUAUAAAUAAUCCAAAGAAUAUUCCAUUGAUUAGACCAGGAUUUUGCUCGUCGCUAAGGCUCGCUCAGGGAGCGACGACCGAAGAGGAGGUGAGGAAUGGUUGCGGAACGGCUGCGGAAAUUCUCCAUCCGAAGAUAAUCCCCGAUCGAGUGCGCUUUUCGCGGCCGAUGCGCAAGCGCCGAUGGCAUUUAUUUAAUUUCUCUCGCGCCGCAUUUUUCCUUUUUCCUCCCCAUACGUGGGCGACGCAGCGACAGGCCGCAGGGUUGUAAAUAACCGCGGGAGGAAUAAAUAAACCGUAGGUAGCGAUUUCUAAGGAUGAGAUUUGUCGACUGGCGGGAACCGAGGCUCGAAAUCCGCGUCCCGUCGCGAUUUCCGCACGCGGCGAGACCGCGGGAUGCGGUUUCGCCGGGCAACAUAAUCAAAAUGCGAAGAGGUCGGAUCGGAGACAGAAAUCGCAACUCUCAUGUAUCUCACGCAAUAAGGCUCGCAAAGAGCAACAAUGGAGCUGCAAUCGAGAUUUAAGGCCGAUCCAGUAACGCGGUACCUUUCAAUGAAAAAAAAAAACCCAACAUAAAGCAUUUUAAUAUUUCAGCCCCGAAGAGAAAGAGAAAAAGAGUAAACGAAAUUUGUUUUAAGUGAACCUCAAUUUUUCUUCUCAAAUAAUUGUUCCUAACAAUUAUAUGAGAUUCAGGUGAUAAUUAAUAUUUCUUUCGGUCAGCUGAUUGUUUUCCUUUUCUCUCAGGGUGGAAUAUUUAAAGCCCAGCUAUGGGGAUUGAAACGUUAAGAGGACAUUUAUCGGUAACGAGGUGUGCACCCUCUGCCCACGUAAUUGGAUCGCCGAUAAAUCCCCGGAUGCGUAAUAAUAAACCUGGGCGAUUUAUUAACUCGCUCGUAGAUUCAGCCAAAGGUAAACAUACUCGCAUAGGCGCGCAUGAAUCGAUUCGUAGAUACGAAAUAAGGGUAAUGAAGACAUGUACGCACAAUGAGAGCGAGUCUAACGGCGAGGGGUUCCCUUCUUCGAUUUCCUGGAUUUCCGCUCGAUCGGGAUCGAUCGCGCAUAUCGCGGACGCGUUAAUGGUAGAUUAAUUCGACAGCCACGAGAAAUGCCAACCGAGGCACGAAAUUACCGACUAUUGAUCGGGCCGCGUUUACAUCGUGGAUUAACCGAACGCGUCGCCGAACGCACAGAAAAAGAGAUUCAUCGAAACGACGAGAUAUUUUGUUAAUUCAAAGAAAAUAUUCCUUUGAAAGAAAUUUCCUACUCAGAGUGGGUGUUCUUGAGGAAUUAAACUGAAAAUACCCGAGUGGAGAUUUUAAUACCGCUGAAAAGAAUUUCUUAGUCAUACCGGACAAGAACCAAGGAGGAACAUAUUUCUCUAGUCGACAAUUGAAAUCUGAGUUUCAAGACCUCCAUAAUCCCGUUGAAAUUAUUAUCAUUUAAUUCUACCCAGUUUGGAGGAAAGUUUUAUAUAAAUAUUUCGAGGUUUUGAUAUAUAUAUAUAUAUAUACAUGUACAGCACCUUUCCAUAUCACCUUACAGAAGGAUUUAAAUUUCUGCUCGGACGUAACGCAAUAAUUGGAAGACACGGGUGAAAAAGAAAGAAGGUGUAGGAAAAUGGGAGAGAGGGUAAUUGGAGAUAUUAAAAAGGAAAGGAUCCGCGAAAUGGACAAGGAAGGUCUUCGUGCUCGUUUUUAGUCUACUCGCGUUUUUUGCCAAGGGGCGAGUGGAAGCGAUUUCGAUCGUUCGCCGUUAAUACGUAUUUUUACGUCUGUUUCGAGGUUCGUGAUGAAAGGUGCUUUCCCUUGGCCCCGUUCGCGGUGACAUUUCUCGGUCGAUUCUCGUUCGAGUGGAGAUUUCUCGUAUUUCGAGCGAGAGCGACGCCGUUGAACGGCCUCGUUUAACUCUCUCGUUCGACCCUCUCGUAACGGAGCCAUCUAAUUUCAGAUCACCCCCUCACAGUUGAAGGGACCCCCCUCGUCGAUUUCGGGAAAGCUCCCUCGAGAUUCGUAAAAAAAAAAAAUGAAAGAAAGAAAGAGAGACCAAUUUUACCGUCUGUCCGAUCGCAGGACUUAAUUGAUGAAUGAAACCAUAAUUUCCCACAAUUUCGAAGUGAACAACCCAUCGGUUUCCGAAAUCCGCAAGGAAGAGAAAAAGAAGAGCAAAAAAUCACCCCUUUUCAUUGAUCUCAUUUCGGAUCCCCGAAAUUUUCUACACCCCGAGAAAAUGAAAAAAGGAAUUCAUGGAACCGGAGGAACAUCUUCUUUUAGGUACCAUUGGAAGGGGUGUUUCUCUGAUUCGAGGGAUACUUUUUAAUUUCAGGGUAGGUUCGAUUAUUUCCAUUUAUCCCUCCUCCGCCCCCGUCGCAUUCGUCCGCUCACCUUUCCGAGGUGUCGAGAAGGGUGGGAAGAUCAUAUGAGAAACAUAACAAAUAUUUUAAAUGGUCAAUUGGACCUCGUCGCGACCGAUCUCGCGACGUCGUCAAGUCGUCUCACGGUUUUAUCUCGUCAGGGAAUUAAGUCACCUGUACAUACAUACGUAAUAGCCUCUCGGGGGGGCAAAAGGUUCGAGGGGAGGCGGGGGGUUGAAUUAAAAUUGACCCAACUGCGCGACACCUAGACAAUCAAGAAAGUCGUAUCGUAGUGUUAUACGAGGAAACGUGCUUAUCUCCCCGGUGGAGUCGAAAACCGCCCCUAGAGUGCAUAAACGAUCGCGAAUUAAGCGCGCCCACCCUCCACCGAGUAUGCAAAUUAAGGAAGAAAUAAACCAUGCGAGAAAACUAACCGAACGUUAAGCUGGAUGUCUUGUAAAUAGUUAAGUAUAUGAGAAAGGAUCGUCACUGUAUAGAAUUGUCACCGAUAGUAGUCGGAUGCGAUUGUAAUUUUCAAUGUUCACGGUUCUCCUUUUGUUAUGACUUAUUUAAUGAAAUGAUCGAUCGAAAUAAAGAUUGUUUUUUCGAAGAGA